UCUCUCUCUCUCUCUCUCUCUCUCUCUCUCUCAUCUCAUUGAUUUGAUUUGUUUCAUACUAAUAGGUAGCUGUUGGAGAGUGGAAGAGCCCAAAAUUCAACAAAAAUAGUGGUUAAGUGUGUUAUCUGAUUUUUCCUUUUCUCUGUCUGAUAUCUUUCUGACUUUACACCAUCAUCCCCAUCCCUCCUACCACUUCUUUCCCAUAAUUGUACACCUUUCUCUGUCUCUGCCUUCCUUCCCCCAUCUUAUCCUCAUUUAUUUCUCCCUUAAUUCCUUUUACCCACUCCUUUUCUGGUAAAAAAUAUUUGCGAAGAAACCCAGAUAAGAUAAUAGGCCCGUCUCUUUAGUCCUUGUGGUGGUGGUACUGGCACUUCCCUUAAGUGGCAUGAGGCAUAUCCCUAAACCAUAGCCCUGCAACUUCAAGACUAUGUAUGCAAAGAGCUAGCUGACGACGACACUGUCAGCAGUUCCUUCAAUUCUUCGUCUGAUUUCUGAUAUAUAGAAGAAACAAGUUCGCGACUUCACUGUCCUGCUGAAACAUGGUCACACCAAACUUGAACUUGGAAUAUGAAAAUGAUUCGGAAGUUACAAGCCAAGAAAAUUUCAACAUCCCUCUGCAAGAAGAAUCCCAUGAUCUCUCUAAGGAUAGCACCACCACUUCUUCCUGCCUCACAAAUCAGACAAACCUCCAACAAGAAGAUCCGGGGCCUAUUUCCCUCAACUUGACACUCCAGUUUAGCUCCCGUGACAUUGAAUUGAAGGGCACAGGGGAGACUAGCAGUGCUGAAGGAGCUGCACCCCCUACUUCAGAAGCAACAAUGCCAAGGGUGUUCUCAUGCAACUACUGCAAGCGUAAGUUCUAUAGCUCACAGGCACUUGGUGGCCAUCAGAAUGCUCACAAGAGAGAGAGGACAAUGGCCAAGCGUGCUAUGCGUAUGGGAAUGUUUCCUGACAGGUACACUAGCUUGGCAUCCCUUCCCCUGCAUGGUUCUGCUGCUUCUGCAUUUCGAUCUCUUGGUAUCGAAGCUCAUGCUGCAGUGCACCAAAACAUUAUGAUACCAUCCGAUCAGAGGCUCCCUGUCCCUGACACGAGAGGUGUGGCAAGGUUUCAGCAAGGCUAUUUUGGAGUGCCAAUGUUUAUGGAAGAGGAUGAUGUGGGUAUGAUUUGGCCUGGGAGUUUCCGUCAGGUGGGUGAGGGAGUUGGAGGUCGUCAUUCGAAUAUGCAGUUUUCUCAAAAUCCAACAAUGAAUUCAGGAGGAUCCACCAUGCCACCAAAUACAAAGACAAGUUCAUCUUCACCUGAUCUUACUUUAAAGCUCUGAGAUUUUUGUUUUCUGUUUAGAUAUAUUUCCUUUUAGACAUGCUGCCAUGCCAUGAAUAGUAUUAUUAACUUUGUACAGUGAGAUAUGCAUUUUUAACGGCUGCAGAUUUCUAAAUUUUUUAUGGCUGUAUUUGUUUCUUUUAUAAGGAUGUUGUUCUUGGUGUUUAUUGCUACUGAUGUAUAACAAGUUUUGGAGGUGAAGAUGAUUGAUAAGCCUUGUGAUGA